AUGAGGGCCAUGAAGAUCUUGGAGGAUGGCGAAACAUCCGGAUUGCAAGAUACCACACGACAGUUCCAGCAGGACCCAGUAUAUUCCCUGGACCCCUACAGGAGACAGGAUGCAGAAUGUCGGAGAGCAGGUCAACAUGGUUGUCUAGGACAACAGCCUAGCAGCCUGACACUCCCUCAGUGCUGGAACAGCGGAGAGACUCAGAAGCUGAUCACACGCAUCGCGUCUGACACACCCAACACGCUCUGGGCUCUGCAGACUCUUCCAGCAUACUACCAUGAAGAUGACAGAGGGGGGGGGGGGGGGAGCGCGGCGCUGGGCCUGCUGAAGGUGUGUCGCCUGCGUCAUAAUCAACACACCCGCCUGAUGAGGGACUUAACUCCCACAAGGCAUACUACCGUGCUCAACUUCCAGGACCAGAUCCAACUGUCACUCUACCCAGAGACCACCCACCUGCAGGCCUGGCCUGGACAGCACCUCUGCGCCCAACUGGGUCUGCCUCUGUCCAGCCUGUGCACCGUCCCCUGUAACACCAUGUUUGGAUCCCAGCACCAAAUGGACAUAGCGUUGCUGGACAAGCUGAUUAGAGAGGAUGUGGAGACUGGGAAGCUUCCAUUGCUGCUGAUUGCCAAUGCUGGCACCCCUGGGGCGGGACACACAGACAAGCUGGGCCGUCUAAAGGAGCUGUGUGAACAGUAUGGCAUGUGGCUCCACAUAGAAGGGGUCAACUUGGCCACCCUGGCUCUGGGGGAGGUCUCGUCCCCCGUGACGGCGGCCACCAGGAGUGACAGUAUGACCCUGACCCUGGGUCCGUGGCUGGGCCUGCCUGCUGUCCCAGCUGUCACCCUCUACAGACACGAGGACCCAGCCCUGUCUCUGGCAGCUGGGUUGACCUCCAGUCAGCCAGUAGAGAAGCUGCGUGCCCUGCCUCUCUGGCUCUCCCUGCAGUACCUGGGCCACGAUGGGAUAGUGGAGAAGAUUAGACACGCUGUAGAGCUCAGCCAACAGCUUCUGGAGAAACUGAAGACUCUGGCUUCCAUAAAGACUUCAGUAGGAUGAAGCCUCAACUCUCCAGUAGUAGUGUUUAGGUUCUCCCAGGAGACCAGUGCAGAAUCCAGUGGUGGUUCUGUGGAGGGCUACUUUGCUGGAGAGAGAGAAGUGCUAGAUUCCCUCAACAGAUGGCUGUGUGAGCGGUUGGCACAGCUGGUGCCCGCCAGCGGGGUAGACAUAGUGGAGUUGGAGGACGAGGGCACCUGUGUCCGCUUCACCCCUCUUAUGACCGCCGCAGCCCUGGGGACCCAGAGGUGUGACGUGGAUCUGCUGGUGGAGCGGUUGACUGAGCUGGUUCCUGUGCUGAACUGUACGCUGCGUCUCAGACUGGACUUCAGAGAGGAGGUGUACCGCCACUCUGCCCUCAGUUACAUAGAGGACCUCAGCUGGCCUGGCCUGGGAGCCGUCAGGUAUGAGCCGAGGAUUGAGGAGCUGAACGACAGUAAGAGACAGUUGGAGGUGGAGAAGAUCAACAGUGAGCUGCUGGUGAAACUAGGGGAUCUGGAUGCAGACCUCAUCUUCUCCACCGGCCUGGAGUUCGGACCCGAGAAGGACUGCAUAUUUAUUGGCAUGGCAACGGAGGACCUAGACGUUGCAGAGCUAGUGGAUACGAUAGCCGCCCUGGGGAGGGACAUAGAGGAAAACGGCAGGCUAUUAGAGAACAUGACAGAGGUGGUGAGGAAAGGCAUCCAGGAGGCAGAGCUCCAGCUCCAGAAAGACAACCAGGACAAACUCAUGGAGGAGGGUGUGUUGAGACAGAUUCCUCUGGUCGGCUCCGUGUUGAACUGGUUCUCUCCGUUCCAGAGCACUGUGAAGGGCAGAACCUUUAACCUGGCUGCAGGUUCCCUGGACUCCACAGAGCCCAUCUACUCCAUGAAGGCCCAGACAGGUGGGCUGGCGUCGCCAGAAACCCCUACCUCCUCUGCCAAGAGACUGCCAGGACAGAGGCUGUUCCGGCGCGAGGGUGCAGGGGGCUCUGACUCCCACAGUGAGACAAGCUCCGUGGGCCAGGCUGAGGAUCUCUCCAGGGAGAGGUUCCCACAACCCACCACACCCAACCCACCUUCCCCUGUCCCAGACGAGGCGGUUUCCGUGCCCCUGAGAGUCCAGAGACCCCCCAGGUGCUGGCUGAACCGAGCCCACGCAGGAUAACGGCGAGUCCCUUGAUGACUGGGAGAGGUCAAGGACAACGGGAAGGAACCAGGAUUUCAGAAUGGAAUCCAGCCUUAGUCUCUAGGGUUGUGUCUGAGGACUCAAUCAUUGUGGGUUAAUAAAUAACUAUGUAGGAGUAGGACCUAAGAACUCUGGUCAAGCAGGAACUACACCUGAGGCAGGGAGUCAAAGGUGAAGGGUCGUCUGAGGACUUCCU